AUGGCAGAAAAAGUAGCACAAAAAUUUGAUAGGUCAAAACCUCAUAUAAGUAUCGGUGGUAUUGGUCAUGUUGACCAUGGUAAAACCACUCUAAUUGCCGCAAUAACUAAAUAUUUAGCGGAAAAAGGGCAAGCUAAAUUUAAAGAUUAUGGGCAUGCUGAUUACAUUAAAAACAUGAUUACCGGUGCUGCUCAGAUGGAUGGAGCGAUUGUAGUAGUAGCUGCUAGCGAUAGUGUAAUGGAUCAAACCAAAGAACAUUUACUCUUAGCCAAGCAAGUAGGAAUAAAAUAUUUGGUAAUAUUUAUUAAUAAAGCAGAUGUAAGUGACACUGAAACCAUGGAUUUAACUGAAAUGGAUAUUCGUGAAAACUUAGCCAAGCACGGAUUUGACAAGGACAAUACUCCAGUAAUUAGAGGUUCAGCACUUUGUGCUUUGGAAGGAAAAAAGCCAGAAAUCGGAAGAGAAUCCCUUGCUAAAUUAUUAGAAGUGGUUGAUAAUUACAUUCCUACUCCACAGCGAAAUUUGGAUGCUCCCUUUAAAAUGUAUAUUGAAGAUGUAUUUACUAUUUCGGGACGAGGAACUGUAGUAACUGGAAAAGUAGAGCAAGGUAUCUUAAAAAAAGGUGAAGAAGUAGAAAUAUCUGGUCUAGGUAGUGCAGCUAUCAAGACUACUGUUACUGGUAUAGAGAUGUAUCAUAAAGAAUUAGACGAGGCUCGAGCAGGUGAUGAUGCAGGAAUUAAUUUGCGAGGAGUUAAAAGAGAAAAUGUAAAAAGAGGACAACUUCUUUCUAGACCAAGUAAGUCCGGAGAAAAUAAGCCUUGUAAUAAAUUCAUUGCUAAAGCUUAUAUAUUAAGCAAGGAGGAAAGAGGUCGACACACUAGUUUCCAAAGCGGUUAUUGCCCCCAAUUUUAUUUCGGUACAGCUGAUACAACUGGAAGAAUAACCUUAGUUAAAGAAAACGAAGAAAAUACUGAGGACAAAGAUAAAGUAGUAGAACCAGGAAGCACAGUUACAUUCAGGGUCGAACUAAUUAAGCCAGUAGUUAUUAAGGAAAAGCAAGAUUUCAUUAUUCGAGAAGGCGGGAAUACAGUAACAAUGGAAAAGAAGUUAAUUUCCCAAGCCAAAAAGAAUCUCCGUGAUUAUAAGAUAAUUGAAAGUUUUAUAGCGGGGAUAGUAUUGACUGGCAAUGAAAUAAAGUCACUUCGUAAUUAUCAGUCCUCUAUUAAUGAGGCUUAUGUUUUUCCGCAGCAACAAGAAUUGUAUAUUAUAAAUAUGCAUGUUGCGGCUUAUAAAUAUUCUCAUGCGGUUAAUUUAGCACAAAAUCACGACACUAGAAGACGAAGAAAAUUGUUACUUAAAAAAAAAGAAAUUAACAAAAUAAUCGGUCAAGCAAAAGCUAAAAGUUAUGUAAUUAUUCCGCUUAAACUUUUCUUUAAUGAUAGAGAAGCUAUCAAGAGAAAAAAAAUCGAACAACUCGAAAAAAGAUUACAAAUUUUCACCAGCGAAUUAGAGAAAAUUCGUAGUAAUCGGAUUUCUUUAGAAUUAAUUGGAGGAUUAAUGGUGGAAUAUCAAGGAGAAAAAAAAAUGAUAAAAUCAUUAGCUAGUUUGAGAGUUUCACCUAGUCAUGAGUUAAUUGUUCGUGCCUUUGAUUCAAAAUUAGUUCCAUUGAUCAGCAAAGUGAUCUUAAAUAAUCAAUUGGGGUAUAAGGUGGAGAGAAGCACUAAAGAAGAGAUUUAUUUUACUUUGUUACCAACGACUGCAGAAAUUCGCGAAGGACUUAUUAGAAAUGUAAAAAUGAUAACAGAAGAAGGAAAAAAGUCCUUUCGUCUUAUUCAUCAAGAUAUAAAAAAGUCCUUAAAAGAAGAUAAAGGUUUAUCGCAAGAUCAAAAACGCAGUUAUGAGAAGCAAAGCGAUAAAUUGAUUAAGGAUUAUCAAGAUAGACUUGUUUUAGCUGAAGAAAAAAAAAUUCGUGAAUUAAAUUCAUAA